GAGAGAGAGAGAGAGAGAGAGAGAGAGAGAGAGAGAGAGAGAGAGAGUCAGUGAAUGGGCACGACUCACUGCGCCCUUCACUUAUCAAUAUCGAUCAGUUUGUAAUCGAGACAUUAAACCCACAGCGGGUCCGUUAGGUUAGCCCGGGAGCUAGCCGGAGCACCAAAAGCUACCACGAUGGGACGCAUGUGAAGCAGUCCGCAGCUAACAGCAGCCUGGCGGAGAAAGGAACAAGGAAGCGGACGGCUAGCUGCGCUGCACCGAAGCUAACGUUGGCUAACUGUUGGCUAAUAUUAUUUCUAAUGAGCGACCGAGGAGCAUGCGACCUGAUACGAAGAGCUGACUUGUUCGGGGAUGUCGGGCAGUAAGGCGCUGGGCGGGGGGGCUGGCGGGGGGGCGAGGCGCAGGCGGACGCGGUGCCGGCGCUGCCAGGCCUGCAUGAGGACAGAGUGCGGAGAGUGUCACUUCUGUAAGGACAUGAAGAAGUUCGGAGGGCCCGGCCGGAUGAAGCAGUCCUGCCUCCUGAGACAGUGCACGGCGCCGGUGUUGCCUCACACGGCGGUGUGUUUUGCGUGUGGUGAGGCGGGGAAGGAGGACACUGUGGACUCGGAGGAGGAGAAGUUCAGCCUCUGUCUGAUGGAGUGUACCAUCUGCAAUGAAAUCAUCCAUCCCAGCUGUCUCAAGAUGGGUAAAGCUGAAGGAAUCAUCAACGAUGAGAUCCCAAACUGCUGGGAGUGUCCAAAGUGCCACAAGGAGGGCAAGACCAGUAAGGACCAGGCCGACGGCUCGGGGAAGCGCAGGCUGGACAACGGGGAGGUGGGCCGCUGGAAACUCACAGAUGACCCUCCCCCUAAAAAGAAAGCCCCUCCCUCCCUGGAGGAGGGGGGGAGGACGACGGAGGGGGGACACAAGAGGAAGAAGGAAAAGGAGCUGCCCCAGGACAGCGGGCCCAAGAAGAAGAUGAAAGGUGCCCAUGAAAAACGCCUCAAAAAGAAACCCAAACAGGAGGCGGUGGAGUCGAACGGUCCCACCUCCUCAGCUGGUGGAGGAACCGGAGGACUGCAGGGCUCCUCCAAUACUUCCUCCCAGCCUGGAGGAGGAGGCGGUGGGGGAGGAGCAGGGGGGACGUCGAGUGCAGACCAGCGCUCCCAUCACAGAGAGAAACUCGAGCGUUUUAAAAGAAUGUGUCUGCUGGAGCGUCGGCCCGAGUCGUCGUCGUCGUCGUCCUCCAGCUCGGAGUCUGACUCAGAGUCCGACUCCGACGACUCCCUGAGGGGGGAGCAGGGGGGAGGCUCCUCACCCUCGUCCUCCUCCCCUGCCCCGCCUCCUCCCGUUGUCUACGGCAACAGCAGCGGGGGUCGGGCGGAGAGAGAGAGGAGUCGCAGCGAGCGGGAGAGAGAGAGGGAGCGGGAGAGACGUCUGGCUGAGCUGGGCUUCAGCGCCAGCGAGGAGUCGGAGGGGGAGGGAGGUAGGGGGGAGGAGGAAGAGCGGGAGGAGGAGCAUGGAGGGGGAGACAAGGCCCGGCGGAGAGGAGGAGGAGGAGGAGGAGGAGAGGCGGGGUUACCUCCACGAGGACGGAAAGGAGGGCUACUGGACGGAGAGGAGGAGGACACACCCACCUCAGAUAGGACCAGGAAAAACUCUUCCUCCCUCCCCCCGCCCUCGCCCCUCUCCUCUAAUCAGAUGCCUCCGUCCUCGCAGCAUGACGGCUUCACGGGGAAGCAGCGCAGCAAUGGGCAGGAGGCGCGCAACGGACGGACACGAGGAGGGGCGGGAGGGGGGAGAGAGGGAGGGGAGAAGGAGAACGCCAGCGGGGUUCUGACCAAUCACAGACACAGUGGGGGAGGAGUGGGUGGGACUAAAGGCAGCGGGAGUCGUGGCAACAAGAUCCGUAGCAACAGCAAGAACCAGGCCUCCAGGAACAACAUCUCCUCCUCCUCCUCCAUCCCCACCUCUAACGGGGGAGGGGGGGGCAGCGGCCUGAUGAUGUCAGUGAUGGCGGCAUCUCCCUGCUCCCAGCCGUCCCGCCUCGCUCCCCGCUCUCAGAUGAUGAAGCGCAGCCCCCCGGCCGUGCCCUCGCCCCCCCGGCCCGUUCAGAUGGAGAGACACCUGGUGCGUCCGCCCCCCGCCUGCCCCGAGCCCAGCUGUCUGCCCCUGGACUGCGGAGCGUCCCACAUCAUGACCCGGGACGUGUGGCUCAGAGUCUUCACCUACCUGAGCCACCGAGAGCUGUGUGUCUGCAUGAGGGUCUGUCGCACCUGGAGCCGCUGGUGCUGUGAUAAGAGGCUGUGGACUCAGAUCGACCUGAGCCGGCAGCGCUCCAUCACCCCCCCCAUGCUGAGUGGUAUCAUCCGCCGGCAACCCGUCUCCCUCAACCUGGGUUAUACCAACAUCUCAAAGAAACAGUUAAUGUGGCUGAUCAACCGCCUACAAGGUCUGUUGGAGCUGAAUGUAUCUGGGUGCCCGUGGCCGGCGGUCUCGGCUCUGUGUCAGGCCGUCUGCCCCUGUCUGAAGCUGCUGGAUCUCAGCAGAGUGGAGGACCUCAAAGACUCGCACCUGAGAGAGCUGCUGGCCCCCCCGCCUGACACCAGGACAGCUCAUCAACCCGUCUCUCUCUCUGCUCUGAUUGGUCGAUCAGCUCACGGUGAAACCAGAGUGGGCCGUUUCCAGAACGUCACGGAGCUGCGAUUGGCCGGUUUGGACCUGACGGAUGCGUCGUCCCGUCUGUUGGUGCGUUACGUUCCUCACCUGACCAGGUUGGACCUGAGUCAGUGUGGAAACAUCACAGACCACACAGUUCACAACCUCACCUCCCCCAUCUCCCCCCUGAGAGAGAGCCUCACCCACAUCAACCUGGCAGGUUGCGUUAAAGUGACGGAGCAGUGCGUCCCGUUGCUGCGUCGCUGCUCCUCCCUACAGACGGUCGACCUGCGCUCCUGCUCCCUCCUCUCCUCUGAGACCGGACAGCUGCUCUCCUUCCCCUCCCACACCUCCUCCUCCUCCUCCACGUCCUCCUCUUCCUCUGCCACCACCACUUUCGCUGCUUCAUCCUCCUCCUCCACGUCCGCCUCCUCCUCCUCCUCCUCCUCCUGUCCUCCCGAAGACAGAACGCUGCUAAAGAACAGCUAAAGUCCUCCUCCGUGUCGUGUGACACUUGGUCCAGAUGGCCUGAAAGCCCCGCCUCCCAGCUCAUUACACUACAGACAGGUGAGCAAGAGGAGGAGGAGGAGGAGGAGGAACAUUUCUCCUGAAGCUGGAAAGUUUUGUUGGUUGGCGAGUAGAGCGACCACAGGAGGAGGAGGAGGAGGAAGACGAAGAGGAAGAAGAAGAGGAAGAGGAGGAGGAGGAGAACACAUAUUUUGGGACAAAGUUGUCGGUAAUACUUAAAAAAAAAAAAAAAAAAAAAAAAAAAAAAUAGAAACCCUGAGCAUGUACAUAUUUGUUCUCUGUACAAUUUUGGGUGUGUGUAUAUAUCUGUAGUUUACUGUAAAUGACCCUUAACCUUUUACACCCCCCCCAACACACUCCUCUCCUUCCCUUCUUUCCUUCUAUGCUUCCUUCCGUCCUUCCACCCUGUGACCAAUCAUCAUGCCAGGCAUCCACCUGCUCGUCUGUAGCUGCAGAACAGGGAAAUAUGUGGAGAAUCAAUACUCGGUGUUGUCUGGAUUUUAGUUGCUGUUGUCUGAACGGUGACGAUGCCCCUCCGACACCCCCACACAGGAAGUCAGAGAGUUGUAGGUUUGACUCUGGGGAUGAUAUUUUCCAACUCUAAAGUAACAACAGUCUGACAUUUGUGUCUCAUGCAAAGUCAGAAGUGUAACUCUGACAGUUUUGGAGUUCUAGAAAAGUUGGAGCUAGGCUAACAUUUUCCCUCUGCUUCCAGUCUUUGUGCUAAGCUAGGCUAAACACAUCUGUGUCUCUAAACUGGUAUCCAUCUUCUCAACCGACUCUGGGGAAGUGGAUCGUCCUGACGUCAGACUGUCACUCUAAAAACGCUCCUUUUCAGUAUAAAGUCUGGUACAAAUCAAGAAUACAUUAGGUAGAAGUGGGUUUAAAUGUGAGGAACUGAUGAAUCAGAAUGAAAACUCUUAGAGUUCGGCCGAUCUGAACUGACAGACUUCAGGUUCUGGUUGUUUGUGAUGCUGUGAUUUGCCCUGAUUUCACUUCAAUGCCUCCGGACAGGGCAGCGGUUGGUGUCCAAGCUGUUUCAGUGAGCUGAAAAUGAAGUUCGAGGUCUUGUGUUGAACUUGAGAAUUGACACGAGGCAGGAAGCCUUUUAUAACGUGAGGCUUCAAGGCCGGGAUGUUCUCGUUCUUCUUGUAGUUGCAUCUUUGAGAUUGCAGAUGCUGUUAAGACGAUCUGACAAAUUUUCUUUAACACUUGGAUGGAAACCGCGCCAAAAUGACAUCAAUCCCAAGUGCACGUACCUUUUUACUUCAAAUGAAAACGUCAAAUCAAAUGAGAGAGAUGUCUGACAGUCGACGCCGUGGCUGGUAUUAAUCCAAAAUAACUAUACCUAAGAAACUCUCUGGGAUUUUUCUGAAAGCUCCGAUAUAUAUAUAUAUAUACAAUAUAUAUAUAUAUAUGGGGGACGACAUGUAACAAAGGAACAAAGGCCCCUGAGUGGACGUCAACUGGGGAUGUUGUGGCCCAAGUGUUGCCACCAGGGCGCCCAUAGUAAACCCAGAUUUAACGGAUGUGGUGUCAUGUCAGUGCACAGUAUUUUCAACUCGCAUAAAACCGAUUCUGCAGUCGUAAAACCAUCUUAAGUUGAUCAAACAGUAAUAAACGUUGGAGUCUAAUCAGGCCGUGAAGACGGACGCUGACAUGUUCCUGCAGCUUUCCUGGGUCAAAAAUAAUGUAAAUACUAAAGUUUAGCCAAGUUUAUAGAACAAGAGUAUUGUGAGAAGAUACUGGUGGGAAUAAUCAAACCUGUCAGAUGUUAUACGUCAGCCGGAGUCCGGUCAAGUUUCUACAACUGAAAACGAACUUCUGCUGCUUCUCUGAAUGAAAAGUGAUUCAUCGAGCGCAGCAGAAAAACGUCUACGGCUACUCGCUCACAUUCAUCUGCAGUCAGAGCCGGAGCAGAGCAGAACGAAUGUACCUGCACGCCGCGUUAGACGCUGAAUCCGCCAUCCACACGGAGACCGGGCUGCAGGAUCGCAGCGCGUCAGCGUGUGUGAUGGACAUCGGCGUUAAUGUGAGUGUAUAAACCCAUUGGUGGAGGCAGACCAGUGUAAACCAGACCACUAAGCUUUCAGUCUGCGGCGUGAGCAGCAGGUCAGCGCAGGGUCACACAGUCCCCAGAGCUCAGUUAAUAAGAACGGCCUAGGUUUAUUUUGAAGGUCCACCCCUCCAUCAGCGAAGAACCUGCGAUCCUCCAGCAGUCGACGUUUACCAGAGUCAAAGGUGGUGUGGGCUUUUUUCAGAGAAGCAGAACGAACGGCUGUAGUCUCUGCAGGCUGCCUAGUUGAAGUCCUCUAAAUUUCCUCAGUGCAAAGGAAGUAUUAAGGUUUCUUUUUCAAGGAGGUCAACCCCCCAUCUCCUCACCUGACAGGUCAAGAACCUACCAUCAAACAUCCCCAGCAGCGUCCCGCUGUUCUCUUUGCUUCCAAGUUGGCAAAAACCGACGUUCUGCGCGCUCUGCCGCCAAGAAUGAGUCUUUGCGUUUGUCUGAAAAUUCUCGGCUACGUGAGAAAUGACUCCACCCCCGCGGGGAGUAAGCUUUAAAAGUCAAAAGUGUCCAGUUCUCGUGGGCAGAAAUAUAAUUAACUGAACAAAAAAGUUGCCAAAUGUUAAAUGGUGUCUCAACACGAGCAGCGUUCAACAAGAGACGACGUGUUGUUGGAGGCUGGAUUUUUAUUCUCUGUUUUAUUGGAGCUAGGCUAACGGUUUCCCCCCGCUUCCAGUCUUUGUGCUAAGCUAAGCUCAAUGGACCCAUCUCUGUACUAGAGAUGAAAUUAAUGUCCAUCUUCCACACAGACAUAUUGUCUAAAAUGUCAGACUGUUCCUUUAAGCGACUCGCUGACUGUCGAUCAGAUCAGAUCGCUGCAGGUGAAGUUUGUUCAGGUGUGGUUAUGGUUCGAGGUGUUUUCCUUCAUGUUCCCUCGUGUGUGCGUGUGUGUGUGUGUGUGUGUGUGUGUGUGUGUGUGUGUGCGUGUGUGUGCUCGUGCGAGCGAGCCAUCAGACCGACAGCGCUGGGUGUGUUGAAACUGAGCCUCAAUGUCUUCAACAUUCGCCUCAAUCAUUCGUCUUCCCCUUUGUUUUUGUAUCGGCUCCGCUUCCCUUCGUCGUCCGUCUGCCUGUGUUCAUCACCUCUGAUCGGAUUCUCGUGGAGAAGUGAUUGAUCAUGUUUUUUCUCAGGAGUAUUUUCGUUUUCUUUCCCGUUUCUCUUUCAGCUGGUUUUCAUUUCUUUCUGUGCCACGGCAGCACUCCCAUCCAGUCCAAACUGAGACAUUCCUGCUAAAUCAAAAACGACUCCAUCUCAGUUUGUUUUUCAACAUUUCACACUCCUUUCUGUCUGAAACAGUCCCAUCCGUGUGUACGCAUCUCUGUUUUUCUGUGUUCUACGUUAUGAAAGUUACUUUCUGUGUUUGCCGCAUUGAUCAGUUUGAAUCUGUUUGCUGUGGAAGCCCAUUCCUGCCAGGAAAGAGGGGGGGGGGGAAACGAUAAAGUUUAAAUAUUCAUGGAAAAGUCAAGAUUAUGAGAAAGUCAUUCAUAAUUUAGAUUUUAAAACAAGUCUAGAUUUACUCUCAUUAUCUUGAUUCACAUAUUAUAAUAAUCUUGACUUUAUUAUUUAAUCUUGAUCUAGUAAAUCAAAAUUCAGAUACUGUCUCAUGGUCCUGAUUUACCGUAAUCUUGAUUUACUAUCUCAGAAUCGCGACUCACUAUUUUUAAUCUUAAUUUAUUAUCUCAUGACCUCGACUUAAUCUUGUAAUCUUGAUUUACUGUAUCAUAAUCUCGAUUUAGCAUCUGAUCAUCUCCGCUUAUCUCAGAAUCUAAACUCGCCAUAAUCUUGAUUUAUCUCACGCUUAAUUUACUGCCUCAGAAUUUUGACUGAUUUACUAUCUCGUGAUCUUGGCUAAUGGUUAUAAUCUUGAUUUAUUACCACGCUCUAGAUUUUCCUCAUAAUCUCGAUUUACUAUUUCAUAAUCAUAAUUUAUCUCAUAAUCUUAACACAUCGACUGACUUUGAUUUACAGUCUGAUGUUUUUGAUCUCAUAAUUUAUUGUUCAGAUUUUAAAAAGUCAUAAUCCCAAUUUACUUUCUUCUAAUGUAGAUUUCUUAUCAUCUUGAUUAGUUUCGUAAUUUUGACUUAAACAUCAGAGGAUACUGUCAUAAUUUUGAUGUACCAUGAGUAUUUUCUUUUUUUGUUCCUAAUUUUUCUCCUAUUUUUAUUUUCUUGGCUGAAAUGGGCUUCCGUAGUUUCUCAGGGGCCUCACUUAAGAAAAAAAACGACCACAACCCGAAUGUCCUGUCAGGGUCAUUGUUAAAAUUAUCCAUGUGACGCGAGAAAUCGAUGAAAGCGACUGAUUCCUUCACGAGAAUCGGUCGCUUUGAUCAGAAACGCAAAUGUUGUCAUACAGAUGUUUCAUAAACGACGGCCUGACGUUUCUGACGUGGUGGAAACGCAGAAGGCCGAUCGGAUUCGUACCCUCGGUCCCCUCGCUACGCUCAGCCGUGGCUGUCUGGGGUUUACGUCGCUUCAUGUGUGAACCGGCCGCCUAACAAGUGAGGCAGUGGCACCGAGGGGAGGGGUCAGACACGUUGGGCACGUCAGCUUUUCACGUGUCACCAGGAGGACGAAUCAAAGAGCCGACCGGUCGUGAUGAAGAAAUAACGAGCAUUCGUUCGUCGGCAUCUCCUGGUACCGGCUGCCGUGUUGGUUAGCUGAUUCAGCGUUAGCCACGCCGCUCCGCGUUGUUGCAUCACCUCUGCUGCUCCGCCGUCAGAGAUACUGUCCAACAAAGACGUAAAACUGAAUCCGCAUUUUAAAUUAGCUCGAGAGACCGAGCGGGAAAACGGUCGCGUGGAACGCCAACUCAGUGUCUCGACCUUAGACCGGCGGCGCUAGCAGGUUAGCAAUCCUAGGUAGCAAGCUAACAUUAGCUAGCUAGCGACUGUUAGCCUGCUACAGAACAAACAACGUAGGCUGCUCGUUGUUAAGAUUACGAUUUAGGCUGAAAUGAUUAGUUGAUUAAUUGCCUGAUAAUCGAUUAAUCAUUCACUUUAUUUUUCAUGGAAGAAGAAAAACACCAAAAGUUCUGUCGCAAAGUGAGCGCAGCGAUAAUGGAAACGAUCAGUCGUAAAUCUUAAUGGUAUCGUCAUUAUUGUUAUAAUUGUUGUUGCUGUUAUUUUAUUUUUACGUAUCGUAGCAUCAUCACUGAACCGGCCGCGGCAGCAGAGGUCGCACAUCCACGGAAGAUCAGCCACGUUAACCAGCUGGUUGGUGUCGACUGGUGCGGGUCUCAGAGCCGCCGUAGUCCAUGAAAUGAAAAGUAUUAGUUCAAUUUCAAAUUGCCAUGACACCUGUUGUGCCAUAAACUUGCCAGAUCAACGUUUCACCGUGUUAAAGUCUCAAUGGAUCAGUUUUUGUGUGCUAUUUUUUGUAUUCUGUUGUGGUUCAGUUGUUUUUACUGUGGCGUGGGGCUCGACACCUGCGGCCCCCACUUCCUGUUAAUGAUGCUUCAAACUUCGCCUAGCAACAAAUGAGAAGAUCAAAUCUGAUUGGACAAUAAUCCCUGACUCCUGAAAGCUCUUAUCCAAUCAGACGCCCUGACACAUCUCACCUUCUCUCUUAGUAAAAACUGAAUCGUUGUUUUAAAGAUGCACUGGAUCAUCAUCACCUUCAUCCUCACCUUUUGCCAAAUGUAGUUUUUGUUGUGAAAAGGGGCAUUUUAUCCUGUUUUUUCUUUGUUUUUUGUUCUUUUUUAUUCUUUGUCCAUGACUCUUCCGUUGUGUUGAUGAAAAAAUGAGGAAGAAGUUGGAACAAAAAGUAAAAAGAGACACAAAAAGACCAACUCAAGGCAGCUACGUAUGAGUGACUACUGUAAAAUGACUAACUAAUAAAGAAGCAAUGGGUUUGUUUUUA